CCACAGUACAAUGCGUCUCUCCAGUCCGAAUCCGAGAAUCCAGAACCAGGUAGAGCAGAAAGCAAAGGCUGAAGAUUAUGCAAGAUGAGUGCUUGCUUUUACCAUCGAGAUACCCCACACCCACCAUCACCUCCAUAUUUCAAAACUUCAAAUUCCCCAUUUUCAUCCACUGUAAAACUCGUUAAUGGAGCUGCCUGCAGACUGGCCCCACCGGCCUGUGUACAUUAACUGUGUACACGCUCUUUCAUGGCGCGUCUAAGUACUGUCACGACUCAUCGGAAAUCGACAGAGACCCACAGAGGUUUUAACUUUGUCAUCUUGCUGCCAGAUUCAAAACCCUAGUAAACCUGUUUCUUCACUGAUCCUCAAUUACAAACUGGAGCUCUUAAAUCUGUACCUCAAGAGUUAAUAAUCAUCCAAAGGAGCUCCAGUUUGUGAAGUAGAUAUUGCGUGAUUUCCAAAUUUUAGAAAGACGGUGAAUCGUGAAGAAAUGGGAAAUGUUUAGUUCUGUCAUGUUUUCGUGGAAUUGCCAACCAAUAUGCAGGGAUUAGCUGAAACUGUUGAAGGAAACAAGUUACCAUUUGUUGUAGAAAUUUCUGUAACCUCCAUUAUCUUUUAUUAUAUUCUUUAUAUUGCUUUUAGAAGAAUUUCAUUGUUGUAUAUUAUUAUUUUUAGCAAUUGCUUUUGUUGUCUGUGCCCUCUGUUGAUACAUGCUUUCCCCUUAUUUUUUUUUUCGAUAAUUAACAAAUGUGUGAAAUGUGUGAGAGGCAAUUUCCAGCGUAUUUUCUAGCUGAAAUUAUUGUAAUAAUUGAUUUCAUAGCUAAAGUAAUUUACCAAACACGUGGAAUGCGUGAGCGUCAAUUCCUGUGUGUUUUACCAGAAAAAUGAGUACUUGGUCCUACUGCGAGACAUUUGAAAACUGUUCAUAGUUAGAGGAUACAGUGAGAGUUUGGAUUCUAGUCCAAGACACUGAUACAUGAAUUGGAACUUUUUGCUGGAAUUUACCCUUGAAUUAUCUAAUUGCGUUACUUCUUUAUUUUUGGUAAGUUGUUUCUAUCAUUUAUUAUUCUUGCUUUAGGGUUCGGAUGGUUAAUUUUAUCUAUAAGGAAAAAUAUUAGUUGCCGCCUUUUUCUGGCUUAGAGCAUAGCCCUUUCUAAGAUUAUAACCCCGCAUUCUAAGGUUUGCCAUAUGAGUGACCAUUGGGCUAAACUGCCCAGGUAAAACCUUGUUGCUAUUUUUUAGUAGAUUUAGUCUUUUAAUGCUUUUGAGAGGCCUGAGAGUCAUUGAUUUUUGAAUUUGUGCAUUUUGCUAGCUUUAGGACUUAAUGCUAGGUAAUGGCUGGCAGUGAUGAUUUCUACAUUUCACUGUAUACAACAUACAGAAUGUGUUGGAGAAGCACUUGUUAGUAUCGGUGGGAUGAUUUCCUGGUUUAGAUACAGUCUUACAAUCUGCAAUUUGAUAUGGCAUUUAUCAGUUUAUAGCACCAGAAAAGUUCUCUAUCUCCCCUUUGGUGGGCAUACAUUUUCUUGUUAGUGCAGUUACCUGAAUUUGUUGCUAUCAUGUUUAUCCUAAGUUGACCUAUUAUUAUUUAUUUUGAAUUAAAACUCUACUUCUACUCUUAUCCAUAACAAGAUAGUCGGAUGAACAUUGUUAAUAUAUUUUGAUGUUUCAACUUAAAGAUAAGAGAGUCAAAUGGGUAGUAUAAUGGAUGAUGACUCAAUGGAAGACAGCGAUAUUAGUGAAUCUGAAAUGGAUGAGUAUGAGGAAAAAUCAUAUGAAGAACUGAAGAGCGGAAAUCACCAAGUAAAAAUCGCAAAUGACACUUUUACUUGCCCCUAUUGCCCAAAGAAAAAAAAGCGAGAUUAUCUGUAUAAGGAACUCCUUCAGCAUGCAUCUGGGGUGGGUAACAGCACUUCAGACAAAAGAAAUGCCAAAGAGAAGGCAAAUCACAUAGCCUUGGUCAAGUACCUGGAAAAAGAUCUUGUGGAUGUUGCAAGCUCAUCAAAACCCAUGGAUUCAGGGGAUCCUCUCAGUGAGUGUAAUCAUGAUGAGAAGUUUGUGUGGCCUUGGACAGGUAUUGUAGUCAAUAUACCAACUAGAAAAGUGGAGAAUGGGCGGUCUGUAGGCGAAAGUGGAUCUAAGUUGAGGGAUGAGUUGAUUAGGAGAGGGUUCAACCCCUUAAGAGUUCACCCUUUAUGGAACUAUCGAGGUCAUUCAGGAUGUGCUGUUGUGGAAUUCAAGAAAGAUUGGCCGGGAUUGCAUAAUGCCAUGUCAUUUGAGAAGGCUUAUGAAGCAGAUGGUCAUGGAAAAGUUCAUUGGAGUGCUAGGAAUGUCGAAAAAUCUGGUCUUUAUGCAUGGGUUGCCCGUGCUGAUGACUACAAUUCAAGCAAUAUUGUUGGAGACCACUUGCGCAAGAUCGGAGACCUUAGGACCAUUUCUGAACUUAUGGAGGAAGAAUCACGAAAACAGGACAAGCUUGUAUCUAAUCUAACAAAUCUCAUUGAGGUCAAGAAUAAGCACUUGAAGGAGAUGGAGGAAAGAUGUACAGAGACGUCAAGCUCCUUGAAUAUACUGAUUGAAGAGAAAGAUAGGCUUCUUCAAGGUUAUAAUGAAGAGAUAAAGAAAAUACAACUAAGUGCAAGGGAUCAUUUCCAGAGAAUUUUUAAUGACCAUGAAAAACUCAAGCUGCAACUGGGAUCUCUGAAGGGAGAACUUGAGUUGCGUGGGGUGGAGUUGGAGAAGCGUGAGGCGCAUAAUGAAAGUGAAAGGAAAAAGCUCUCUGAAGAGCUUGAAAAGAAUGCCAUUAAAAAUACCUCACUUCAGUUGGCUGCUUUGGAGCAACAAAAGGCCGACGAAAAAGUAAUGAAACUGGCUGAAGAUCACCAGAGGGCAAAACAGGAAUUACAUAAUAGAAUAAUUCAACUAGAAAAACAACUGGAUGCAAAGCAAACACUGGAACUGGAAAUUGAACGGUUGAGAGGGUCACUGAAUGUGAUGAAGCACAUGGCGGAUGAUGAUGAUAUAGAAAUUUUAAAAAAGACGGAGUCUGUUCUUAAAGAGUUGAGAGAGAAGGAAGGGGACCUUGAAGACGUGGAAGCAUUGAAUCAAACUCUUAUUGUGAGAGAGCGGAAGAGCAAUGAUGAGCUGCAGGAGGCUCGUAAAGAAUUGAUAAAUGGCUUGAAAGAAAUAUCAAGCAAUGCUGAUAUUGGUGUUAAGAGAAUGGGAGAACUUGAUAACAAACCGUUCCUUAUAGCAUUGAAGAGGAAAUAUAAUGAGGAAGAAGCAGAGGAAAGAGCAUCAGAACUGUGCUCAUUAUGGGAGGAAUAUCUUAAAGAUCCUGAUUGGCAUCCUUUCAAGGUUAUUAAGGGUGAAACGGAAGGGACAGAGAAGGUUCAGGAAGUAAUAGAUGAAGAAGAUGAAAAAUUGAAAGACUUGAGGAAGGAAAUGGGUGAGGAAGCAUACAAGGCGGUUGCUACAGCUUUAAUGGAAAUAAAUGAAUACAAUCCAAGCGGCAGGUAUAUAAUCUCCGAACUGUGGAACUAUAAGGAAGGAAGAAAGGCCACAUUACAGGAAGGAGUUACAUUUUUACUGGACCGGUGGAAUAGAGUUAAACGCAAGAGGGGAAUGUCCUAAAGGGGAAUGAAGUAUCAGUUUCUAAACAGAGCAAAAUAGACCUUCUUGGAAUGGAGGAAACCUAUUGGCAGUAGUUCGAACACACUACUGCUUGAUGCUUUCAGGGCACGAAUUCUCUUUGACAAUAAUUCUGAUGUUUGGGAAUCUCUUCCUAGGUAUUUAUUCUGGGAUCAAACUGCAUUUUUGUUAACCUGGAACAUCAUGUUAACAUGUAACAUGUAACAUGACUAGCUGUUGGAUUGUGUGUAGGAAGAAGGCAUAAUAAUAUGCAGGUUACGAGUUAUUGUACAAGAUUCUAUCACAUUCUUGGCUGAAUCUUGAAUCCUCAUAACAACUGCCUAAUUAGAGUCAGA